UGUUUCAGAUGAAAAUGGUUUCGUCAUAUUUCUGAUUUGAAAACGAUAGUUCCUGCUAUUACCUCCUAUCAAGGAACGUUACCAUCAUUCGUUUCCCACUUUUUACCCUUGCGAUAAUCAAAGAAGUGCAAUCAAGUGUUUUUUUUUUUUGAAAAUUUUUGCAUACCUCGUUUCAAAAGAGUUUCUUUCCUAUGCCAAUUAUUUAUUGUACAUGUGUCUGCGGUACAUGUUGCUAAAUUGUUUACCUUUUCAAAGAAUUGUUUAUAAAAAAUAAAACCAUACGCCAAUAACAAUAUAACCCUGACAGCGUUGCGUUUAAUAUCGCGCAGUUUUUGCUGUUACCUUUCAAAACCUGCAGCGUGCAAUUGGUUGAGCCGUUGUUAACGUCUAUUUCUAUUUCCUGCUCAAUUUGACUACUUUUGUAGCUCUGGUAGCGAUAUGAGAUGGUAGCAAAACAAGACUAUUUUUAGAUCCUCCAUUCAUUUAUUAACUCUCUUAUUGCGCUUUUUUUGCCUGGCUUGUGGUGGUGGUGGUAAUACACGCAAACAGAAAAGCUAGCUGUAAAUUGCGUCUGAAGAGAAAGAACAACAAACAACCAAUGUUCUUUCCUACCAUUCAUAUCUCUCAGAUGGAGGAAGACUCAAUUUGAAGGCGCACUCACUUUUCCCCCUACUUGAAAAUCGUAUUAAGGGAAUCAAUAAUACUAUAUUAAAAACAAACUAAAACCAUGUGUGUGCUACUAUUUAAAUCUUGAGAAUGGACAGUGGUUUAUGGCUAUUUUUUGGUUUUAGAAUGACAAAAGUAUUCUGUUGAUUUCAAAACAGUUUGAAUAUUAUUUGCAAUACAGAUACUCUAUCUACAAUCCACUCGUCUGUUGCUCAUUAAUUAGCCCCAAUAUAGUUACGUAAAAAACCGAAAAGAGACGAACACGUUUGAAGUGUUAUUGAUACACAAGAAGUAGCAAAAAGUGCGGAUCGCCUUUGGUGUACUAUCCAAACAUUAUUCAACAGGGUCAACUUCAAUCAUAUCUCAAAGUUAUUACAGAACGGAGACAUAGACAUAUAAUUAGUUAUUAUCACUCCUAAAAUAGUCUGUCUUAUAUCUCGUGUUUGAUCUCUUUGAAAUCAAUCUAGAACUCGUGGAAUAUUAUCUUUCCUGGGCUCUCACUAUUAUCUUGAUUCCCCUUGUUACCUGGACUCUCUAUAUUUUAUGAACUUCUAUUCUUUUCUCAACUUGUAUUAGUUAUAAUAUCUAGUUGACCUUGAGUGAUUGCUACAAUAGUAGUGUAGUGUAGCAUACUAUGACAGUGGAGUACAAGUUAGUGGUGGUUGGGAGUGGAGGAGUGGGCAAAAGUGCCCUCACUAUCCAGUUUAUCCAGCACCAUUUCGUGGACGAGUAUGACCCCACGAUAGAAGAUAGCUACCUCAAGCAAGUAGUGAUUGACGGGGAGACGUGUGUACUCGAUAUUCUAGACACUGCCGGUCAGGAGGAGUACUCGGCCAUGCGAGAUCAGUACAUGAGAACAGGAGAGGGCUUCCUAGUGAUGUUUGCCCUGGACAACUACCCCUCGUUUGAGUCAGUUUCAAUCUACCGGGAUCAGAUCCGGAGAGUGAAGGACGCAGACGACGUGCCCACAGUGCUGGUAGGCAACAAACAAGACCUGCCCACGAGAGACGUGGACUAUGAAAGGGCCUCAAUGUUGGCCAAGCAGUUUUCAAUACCCUACGUGGAGACAUCUGCCAAAACGAGAGUGGGCGUUGACGAUGCUUUCUACACACUAGUGAGGGAGAUUAGAAAGGCAAAGUCAUCUCGCAAUUCGAAAGGCAACAGGACGGGGGAACCGCGCAAACACAAGUGCACUGUCUUGUAGACGCCAUUAAAGAAGAGAAAAAACCGCUACCUUUUUACUGGGAAGAAAAGAAGUCAAGGCAAAUGGCAAGAGAACGUGGCCAACCUGCAAAAAAGCGGGAAUCAGUCACGUGCUUGGUUGGUUCGAAAAAUCAAAAAGAGAAAAUAGUUUUCAAAUCAAAACGUCAAUGACGAAAUUGUAAGUGUAGUAUUCGACUACCGGGCUCAUAGAUACGUUGAUUUAUCAAUUUAACAGCGAUGUAAGCUGAAAAGAAGACUGAUUUUGUUAAUUCAUAGAAUACCCACUGAACGAGGGAAGUAUCUACGCACCCAGCAUCGACUGUGCAUGUGGAUUACGGGAAAUUUUUCCAUUGUUACUUCAAUCACUCUACUGUUCUUAUUUCAUGAUUUUAUUGGAGCUAUUUUCACAAGCGAUGCGAUGCAAUUCAAUAAGAGGGAAUUUUUCAAGCAUUUUUUGAGCAACUGAAUUUUGCUAAGCAUUGAAAAUUUUGCGAAAUGUGUCAUUACAAAACUUUGGAAAAGAAUCGCCACUGUGCUUAUUUUGUCUAUUUCUCAAAAAAGUCAUUAAAAUAUGCAAGUUCUCGAGGUAAAAACCAAUGUUUGAAGCAUCAGUCUUACGCUUUUUGAAUGGGAUUGAGCCUCUAAAUGUUAAACGCAAAAUGUUUUUUUUUCGUGUUUAGUUUGUUUCCUCUGCAUUUUGUUUCGCUUGUUUGUGCGAAGCAGAGAUUCGCAUCUGUGAUGAAGUUUCGAUCUAUUUUUUUUGUUUUAAAUUUUGUACAUAGAAAUUUUGGUGCAAUUUCUGGAACUUUGGCUGCCCUCGUUACAAAUUUAUCAGCACGACUCUCAAUUUGAAGUUUGAAAUUCUGAAAAACAUCAAUUCUCAAAGUGUUUCUACUCAUAUCCGAGCUGUUAUUGAAUCAAGGUUUGAAUUAGUUUAUCAAUUUAUUUAAUUAAUUUAUGCCAGUUCAAGGUCUGUUGUUUCACCGGAGCUUAAUUUUAAUGGAUUGCUGCUAAGUUGAUCAAAACUACCAUUUUUCACACUGAAUGAGUGAACAUUAUAUCAAUUAAAGACCUCAGCUUCUUUGUUUAAACUAUCUAUCCGAUCUGAAAAAAUCCUGUGGCACUUUUCACCAACACCACGUGUUUUUUUUGAUAGCAACAAGAUUUUGGACUCAUAGUUUCGUAAUUGGUUAUAUUUGUAACUGCUUCGAAUCGAUUUGUUAAACAGAUCAUUUUUUCGGCGCUACAUCGAGCCGGGUGUAGAAUCCAGAUGUGGAAGUUUUAUGGAAAGUGCCAGCCUUCCAGCGAUUUACUGGUGAGAGUAAUGGUGCUGAAAUUUGUCUGAGUGAGGGAAUAUAAUAUCCCGUCGACGAGCCUUAACUCCUUGAUGUGACUGAAAAGAGCAGCUACUGUCGACACUAAUCAAGUAUUUGCUCAAUUGUUUUGAAUAAUGAAUUAUAGGCGGAUAAUUUGUAUGGAGUAAUUUGAAUUUAUUUCCCUUGCAAUGAAGGGUAUCAUUUCAUUUGACAACUUCUAGUUUUAGAUAAAUUGAUGAUAUGUAUAGCUUAAUUUAUCUGUCUUACCUUA